UCCUCUCCCUCUCCGCGUCCGCUCCCCUCCUUUCUUAUUUAUAAAGCAAACGCAAAGAGUCGUCUAGAAACACAACAGAGUAUAUAUAGAGAGGGAGAGAGAGAGAGAGGGAAAGAGAGGAGUCAUCAUCAAUUCAUCAUCAUCAUCAUCAUCAUCUAGAAACCCUAGAGAGAUCGAGGAAGCAGAGAAGCGGAGCGAAGGAAACGGCCAUGGUGGAUUCCGUCGUCUUCGUGCUAACGGCGCUGCUCGUCGCCGUCGCCGCCGCGGCCUUCGACGUCCCGGCGAUCCCGUUCGACGAGGGAUACUCACAGCUCUUCGGCGAGGGCAAUCUCGUCCGGUCCCCCGACGGCCGGAGCGUCCGCAUCAUGCUCAACCGCUACUCAGGGUCGGGAUUCAUAUCGUCGGAUUCGUACCUCCACGGAUUCUUCAGCGCCUCCAUCAAGCUCCCCGCCGGUUACACCGCCGGCGUCGUCGUCGCCUUCUACUUAUCGAACGGGGACGUGUUCGAGAAGAACCACGAUGAGCUGGAUUUCGAGUUCCUGGGGAACACCCGGGGGAAGGAGUGGAGGGUGCAGACCAACGUUUACGGCAACGGAAGCACCGCCCGUGGCCGCGAGGAGCGCUACCUCCUCCCCUUCGACCCCACCGAGGAGGCUCACCGCUACUCCAUCCUCUGGACCCCUAACUACAUCAUAUUCUACGUGGACGACGUGCCGAUAAGAGAAGUCGUCCGGAGCGAGGCGAUGGGCGGCGACUACCCGUCGAAGCCGAUGUCGGUGUACGCCACCAUCUGGGACGGCUCCACAUGGGCCACCGACGGGGGCAAGUACAAGGUCAGCUACAAGUACGCCCCCUUCGUCGCCGAAUUCUCUGACCUCGUCCUGCGCGGCUGCCGCGCCGACUCCGCCAUCCAGCUCGAUCCCUCCUCCGCCGCUGCGGAGCACUGUGCCGACGCCGAGCUCGAGCUCAUGACCGCCGACUACGCCGUCGUCACGCCGCAGAAGCGCGCCGCCAUGCGCCGGUUCAGGGAGCGCUACAUGACCUACACCGUCUGCUAUGACGCCGUCCGCUACGCUGCCACGUUCCCGGAGUGCAAAAACUCCCCGCCGGAGCAGGAGAGAUUCUGGGACUGGGGCGAGUCCAAGUUCGUCGCCAUGCGCCGCCGCCGCUCCAACAAGCGCCGGCCCGGGGCCAAGCGCCAGGCCGACGCGUAAUUAUUCGUUUAAACAUAAUAUCAUAUCAUUCCUGGGUUUACCCGCUCUUCUAUUAUACAGUGAAUGAUGGCUUAAUUUAAUUACAACCACUACGUACGUGUGUAUAUAUAUAUAUAUAUAUAUGGUUCUUCGUAUUAUUAUUAUUAUUAUUAUUGUAUACAUAUAUUGAGUGUGAGGAGAUGACAGAGGAUGCAUGUGAUCGGUAGGAUUAGCGGGGGAUUCUUUUUCUCUUGUGUAGUUUAAUUGUGUAGGGUUUGUGAUUCAAUAUUUAUUCAUUCUUUUGGGUGGCGGAAUAAUGUAUGUGUUCGGUCCAUGUAAAGAUGAUGAUUGGUUGGUUAGAUUCACAGUUUUUGUAAUUUCUGGUGGAUUCUUUUGUGUAAUUAUUAAAUAAACAGGGAUUAUUAAUUAUUUGUUCAUUUUCUUCGUCAA